UGUGUGAAAUCGGUUUAUGCUGUGCGCUGGGUGUCGGGGCGAUGGGUUCAUCGACGGAGGAAGAAUUUAAAGAAAAAUUGCUGUGGAACGUGAAACGGGAGGUGAAGCAGAUUAUGGAGGAGGCAGUCACCAAGAAAUUCGUACACGAAGACAGCAGCCAUGUCAUCGCUCUGUGCAGUGCUAUUGAGGCUUGCCUGGGUCACAUGCUGAAGCGCAGGGCCGCAGGCUUCCUCCGCAGCGAUAAGAUCGCCGCCCUCUUCACCAAGAUCGGGAAGGUGUACGCCACGGCCGAAGAGGUGUGCCGCAAGGUCCAGGAGCAGCUCCAGCAACAGGCUGACAUCUCCAGAAGAACCCAGAGCACAAGUGGACAGGAGCCUCUCCGCAGGCAGGGUUCCUCCGCAGGCCGAGUUCCUCAGCCUCUCUCAGCUCAGGCCAUCAAACACAUCUGGGUGCGCACUGCCCUUUUUGAUAAGGUCCUGGACAAAAUAGUGCAAUAUAUUGUGGAUAACUCAAGCAAGUAUUAUGAAAAAGAAGCACUGAUGCAUGACUCCGUGUUCGGCCCUAUUUUGGCGGCGCUUCUGGUUGGACCGUGUGCUCUGGAGUACACCAAGUUAAAGACGUCAGACCACUUCUGGACAGAUCCUUCAGCCAAUGAGCUUGUCCAGAGGCACCGGAUCCAUGGAGCACAUCGAGGACAGGAGGCAUCGCCCAGUCGCAGGCCUGCUCUCGGGAUCCGUAAGCGACAGUCCAGCGGGAGCAUGUCCGAGGAUAAGUUUGCAGCCUCUGCGAGGGAGUAUGUGGAGUCCCUUCAUCAAAACUCGCGUGUGCAUCUACUUUACGGAAAGAACAACGUGCUCGUUCAGCCGAAGAAGGACAUGGAGGUGUUAAGGGGUUACCUGUCUCUACAUCAGACUGCUGACACACUCACGCUGAAAUGGACGCCCAACCAGUUAAUCAACGGCACUCUGGGGGACUGUGACUUGGAGAAGAGUAUUUAUUGGGACUACGCGUUGACUGUACCCUUAAGACAGAUCGUCUGCAUCCACUGUCACCAACGACCUGAUUGCGGUGGGACUCUGGUGUUGGUAAGUCAGGAUGGGAUCCAGCGGCCCCCUCUUCACUUCCCCCCUGGAGGUCACCUGCUGGCAUUUUUGUCCUGCCUGGAGACUGGCUUACUACCCCGGGGACAACUGGAGCCUCCACUCUGGUCCCAGAAGGGCAAGGGUAAAGUCUUCCCCAAGCUGCGUAAAAGAAACAGCACGGCUCGGUUGGUGGAUCAGGACAGCGAUGACGAGCCUGUUGCUGCGGACUACGUGUUCCGCAUCGUAUACCCAGGACACCGCCACGACUCCAUCACUAUAAACUACCACCACACCACGGGCAGUCGCGCGCCCUCUCUGGACGACGAUGAGGAGGAGGAAGAUAGACUUCACGCAAUGAUCUCAAUGAUCUGCUCGCGGAACCUCACAGACCCUAAUGUCAUGAAAGACCACGGGGAGGUGAUGGAGAUGCCGGGCUUAGGAGGCAGCCCGUCGUCAUGGCAGCAAGCCGAGAACGCCAGCCAUGCUUCGUCGUGCCUGUCGUGCUCUGCUGGGGGCGGUAGCUUGUCCGUAGAGCUUCCUGGAGCGUGUAACUGCAUGCAUGACCGAAUCCCCCUCAAGAUGCUGUGUCAUAACAUGAAGAGGCAGAUCGUCUCUAGAGCCUUCUACGGCUGGCUAGCCUACUGUCGGCAUCUGUCCACCGUGAGAACGCAUCUGUCUGCGCUGGUCAACCACAACAUCGUGCCACCGGACAAACCCUGUGAAGCAUCUGGAGGCCUCAGCAAAGACAUCUGGAGCAAAUAUCAAAAAGACUGCAAGAACUACAAGGAGCUCGAGCUACUGCGGUUGGUCUAUUACGGCGGCGUGCAGCACGAGAUCAGGAAAGAGGUGUGGCCGUUUUUGUUGGGCCAUUAUAAGUUCGGCAUGGGGAAGAAAGACAUGACGCAGAUUGACGAGAAGAUCGCAGCACGCUACAAACAGGUGAUGAGAGAGUGGAAGGCCUGCGAGGUGAUCGUGAAGCAGCGGGAGAAGGAGAUGCAGUCGGCCAUUUUCGCCAAACUCUCAUCGGGCAGCAGCAUCGACAGCCACGUCAUGAAACUCAUCCACAGAGACUCGACUCUCAGCAAUGAGGUGUUCAUGUCAGUGGACGAACCCGAUGGGCUCAGUCAGGACACUCCGUGCGAGAACGAUAACACCCCCACCAUGACCACAGUGGUUAAUCCAGUGGCCCUGGCUCCUGACGAGAGGUCGCUAGUCGAGUUUGACUCUCCAGACUCUGGACUCCCUUCUUCUAGGAACUACUCAGUAGCUUCCGCACACUCCCAGAUUCUGUCUAGUAUCGAUGAUGGACAGAGUAUGGAGGAGGAACCGGGAGACGAGGCCACAACUAGGGGUGGACCGGGAGAACCGAGUGCGCGAGACUCGCUGAGUGAGGACAGGCUGUGCAGUCAGCUGGAUAAGCUGGUCACUAACAGUGAGGACACUCCACCAUCAUUCUCCUCGUAUACGAUCGAGCUAUUGGACUCAGUCGCCCUGAACCUGCACAGGAUAGACAAAGAUGUUGCACGCUGCGACCGCAACUACUACUACUUCACCACGAGCAACCUGGAGAAACUGCGAAAUAUUAUGUGCAGUUACGUGUGGGAGCAUCUAGAGGUGGGCUACGUGCAGGGCAUGUGUGACCUCCUGGCCCCUCUGAUGGUCAUUUUGGAUGAUGAAUGCCUUGCCUAUAGCUGUUUCACACAGCUAAUGAAGAGGAUGAGUCAGAAUUUCCCCACUGGAGGAGCCAUGGACACUCAUUUCGCCAAUAUGAGGUCCUUAAUUCAGAUCCUCGACUCCGAGUUGUUUGAGCUGAUGCACCAGAAUGGAGAUUACACUCACUUCUACUUUUGCUACCGCUGGUUCCUGUUGGACUUCAAAAGAGAGCUGCUGUAUGAGGACGUGUUUGCCGUGUGGGAGGUGAUCUGGGUGGCCCCCCGUAUCUCCUCGCGGCAUUUCGUGUUGUUCAUUGCACUGGCGCUGGUGGAGGUGUACCGGGAAAUCAUCCGUGACAACAACAUGGACUUCACAGACAUCAUCAAGUUCUUCAACGAAAUGGCCGAGCGGCACGACGUCCAGCACAUCCUGAGGAUAGCCCGCGAGCUGGUGCACAAGGUGCAAACACUCAUCGAGAACAAGUGACGCUCACGUCCUGCUUCCUCACUAUUUCUCAUUCCUCCUUGCCCCUAUGGUCCCGUCAGCAAUCCCUCUGUUCAGAGAUAGAGGGGGACCGAGAGCACGCUGGCUCUCAGUGACUCCCCGGGUAAAGCGAUGACUCUGAUCGGCACCUGCAAUUACACUGAAUGGCCUGAAAUCGUCCUCUUUCUGUAUCCUUUGCCUGUAACGGAACGCCAUUGUGUCGGCUGUUGGAGUUGUCUGCAUGCAUGUGGGAUUUGAGCACACUGUGACUGAUCGAUUUUUUUUCUUUCUUUCCUUCUUUUUUGCCUGUCCACUCGUCCACAGGAUCCACCGGGUCUUUUUAGUGUCAACUUUCUAAAAACAAAAGAAAAACAUGACUUCAGCCUCAAGAUUGCCACAAUGUAGGUCUGUUUUACCAAUGACUGUUUUUCCUCUCUGCCAAAUGUACAGAAAGUAUUCCGCACUUAUCAGUGACUCUCAGGAGGAUCCCUUCUUCUUUUCGUUUUUUUCCGUCUGCCUUUAUUAGAUAUGGGACUAAAAACAGUAGAGCACAUUUUUCUGCACCCACAGAACCUGACAUUACAGAAGCUGCCUAAAGCCAUGAAGAAGUCAUUAAAGCAUCGAUUUGUGACCAAAAGGACUGUGCCAGUUAUAUAUAUAACCUUAUCAUGGUAUUUGUCUACCUUGUAUUUGUCUUUGACUUUGCUGGCCUUGUUUUCUCUCCUAGAUCUUCUGGAACACUACUAAGGGGAAAAAAAGGCUACUUUUGCACUUUUGCACAACCCUCCCUUCCUCAGUCCGAAAGAGGGAAAAGGGGAAGUGUAAGCCCCACCCAGCUACCCAAAUCCCCCCCCGGUUAAGGGGUUCGCUCUGAAAUGAGAUUGACGUGGAGACACGGGGGCGAGACGCUUCCAAACGAUGGCCGUGUGAAAACUGAUGUGUCUCGGCGUGUGCGCAUAUUCAAGAAUGGUGCAUGACUUUUUUUUACACACUAGUAAACUAGUAUGUAACUCUCCACUCAUUGCAGCUUUAGUAAGAAAGCACUCUGAAGUAUGGUCUUUCCGAUCAGUAUAGACAUUCCUGAAAAUCGUCCCGCAGAGGACGGUCACUCUUACGUUUCAGCCAAAGCUCCGUCUCGGUACACACGGCACUCCCAAGUGCUCAGAACAUAAAUUUGCCCCAUCAAGUCUUCCCCUAUCCUGAGCUACUGCUGCUUAAUUCCUCAUUCCCCUUCAGAUUCUUUGUAAUGUUACAAAGCUUUGCGUAUCUGUUAUCAGGUAAUGUAACACUUCCUUAGUGGCCCUCCAUAGAUUCUGUGCCUCAGACCCUGCUAAUCAUCUCGUGAGCGUCUACUGUACUGUACUGUAUGUGUGAGGGACAUGAUGCAUCCUACGAACGAUUACUUCCAAAAGGAGCUUGUGUACCAAAGCCUCCAGAACACCGUCCUUAGUGUCAUACAGUUGUGCAACCUCCAUGCAGAACUCAAAGACUGUUGAAUGAAAAUAAAUCAUCUUAAUUUUUACUGUGAUGCAUUUAAUUUAUUAACCGCCCCCCUCCCUAAUCCUAACGUCUCCCCUCCAUGUCCUGCUACUGUAGUGUAGAUAGAAGGAUAGAGAAGAAAAAGCCCAGGAGUUCUUCGAUUCCCAUAAAGGCGACUGUAUUUCCAACGUUAUUUUUGACUUUCGGUUGUAGAGAUGUGCUUCAGUGAACCCUGUAUAACUGGAGAACUGUACAGUUCGAAUGUGGGAAGCCUUUGUUACAUGUUGACUGUUACGGUCCUUAUUCAUGUUCGUGCCCUGGAUUCUAUGGAUUUCGAAAUGAUAUAUUUUGUUUUGGAUGCCAAACUCUGAAUGCUGAAGUAUGUAUUUUAAUGGAUGUAUACUUUUACCUUGAAUGUAUUACAAAAGAAAAAAAAAGUUGUUCCUAAAAUAUUUUGACACAAUCAAGUUUCAUUUGUCCAAAUAUAUUUGCUUUUAAAACAGAAAAUUCAGAUCUUUGUAUAUUUACAGCUGUACCAUGAGGAAACUUCGGCAACAGUGAUGCGUGCCUACGAAGCACCUC